UUGUGUUCAAUUUUGUUUUAAGUCCACCACUUAAAGGAACCAUGAAUUUGAUAAUCUACGUAACCAUAAUCGCCCUCACAUCUGCCGCUGAGCUUCCAUCAAGGAAUUAUAUCCCUCAGGAUCAAGGAUCGGGUCCCUACCCAGGCCCUCAUGGGGGCAUUGGUGGAGACACCGGCAACAGAAGACCACAGCAAGACGCUGAGAAAAAUUCCAAUGUUGUGAAACAAGAGCAGGAAAUCAGUGACUCUGGAAAUUAUCACUUCGGCUUCGAAACCUCAAACGGCAUCCGAGCUGAGGAAGCGGGAGGCCCAGAACAGGCGCAAGGAGGGUACUCGUACAAAGGCGACGAUGGACAGACAUACACGCUGAUCUACACGUCGGGAGAGGGCGGGUUCAAGCCGCAGGGAGAGCACCUGCCAGUCGCACCACCCACGCCCGAGGCCAUUCUGAUCGCGCUGCAGCAGAACGAGAGAGAUGAGGCUGCUGGCAUAUUUGAUGAUGGUCAAUACCACCCCGAAAACAAUGGUCAGAGUAGGCCCGGUGCCUCGGCAGGCGCUGGUACAGGCAGCGGGUACCACUACUGAAGAUUACCAAUGGACUGUACAAUAAACUUAUAGAAGAACAAUUCAGUGUAUAUUUGGUUUUACAGUGUGAUUUGCGGAAACGUGUAUCUGGGAGAGUUUAUUAGAUUAUAUUUAUAUUUGUAACUAUGAAGACAUUAUUUUUGUAAUGUUAAAUUAAAAUGUUUUGUAUACUAGCUGUUAUAAUAUACAAGCGUAUUUUUUAUAGAUAGUGCUGUUAAAAUAUAUUUUUCUAUUCAGCCGUUAUUAAGGAAAAUGAGUAAUUUGUUGAGUUUUGUUUGGAUUAUAUGAACACAUAAUCGUAUGUUUUACUGUAAAACAGAAUUAAGGAUAGAUUACAUAUUUACUUUAUUUAUAUUUUUAUUUAAUAAAUGAAGAUCACAG